GGAAACGUCCCGAUCGCGACUCGGAUCAACUAACUCUAGUCCAAUUUCCCGAACUUGCGCCAUCUAAAUAUGUCCCUCUAGUAGCCCACCUUGUUUCCUUUUUCCUUUUUUUCUCUCUCUUCUUUUGUCUCCAAUCUUCACCCACAGGUGAUGGCUACACCUUCUGCCGUUCGUUUUCUGGCCAUCCGGCCGGUAAUAUUCGGGUUUACAAAAUUGUUUAUGCUGGCAUUGGGCGAGCUCCCUCUCGUCGCUGCCGCUCCCGCUACCUAUAUUGCUUACUCCGAAGAGACCCCAAAGUCUUCCAGCGAUCCGAACCUAUGGUUGUAUCUCGGAGUUGCCGCCUUCCUCGUUUUGAGCGGUGGUGCAUUUGCUGGUUUAACUAUUGCGUUGAUGGGCCAGGAUGAGGUCUAUCUACAGGUCAUCCAAACCUCCGGCGAAGAAUCAGAACGAAAGAACGCUGCAAGUGUGCUCAAACUGUUGAAGCGAGGGAAGCAUUGGGUCCUGGUGACUCUGCUACUCAGCAAUGUGAUCACGAAUGAAACCCUCCCCAUCGUCCUAGACCGGUCACUGGGGGGCGGCUGGCCGGCUGUUCUUGGCAGUACAGUCUUGAUUGUCAUUUUCGGCGAAGUUGUCCCCCAGUCGAUAUGUGUCCGUUACGGUCUUCCUAUCGGUGCUUGGAUGGCGCCUUGUGUCCUGGCUCUCAUGUACAUUAUGGCUCCUGUCGCAUGGCCCAUAGCGAAGCUUCUCGAUAAGCUGCUGGGAGAGGAUCAUGGAACAAUCUACAAAAAGGCUGGAUUGAAAACCUUGGUGACGCUACAUAAAACCUUGGGCGAAGCCGGCGAGCAGCUUAACUCCGACGAGGUCACUAUCAUUAGUGCCGUCCUAGACCUUAAGGACAAGCCGGUCGGUAGUAUUAUGACUCCAAUGGAGGAUGUUUUCACCAUGUCCGCGGAUACUGUUCUGGACGAAGAAACGAUGGAUUUAAUUCUCUCCCAGGGAUACUCCCGGAUUCCGAUUCACGCACCAGAUAAUCCUACGAAUUUUAUCGGCAUGCUUCUGGUUAAGAUGCUGAUAACAUAUGACCCCGAAGACGGUAGACGAGUACGGGAGUUCGCGCUAGCAACUUUACCCGAGACCCGUCCUGAGACAAGUUGCUUAGAUAUUGUAAAUUUCUUCCAGGAAGGCAAGUCCCACAUGGUUUUGGUGUCUGAGUACCCCGGUGAAGAUCGUGGUGCCUUGGGUGUUGUUACCUUGGAAGAUGUGAUCGAGGAGCUGAUUGGCGAGGAAAUCAUCGAUGAAUCGGAUGUCUUCAUUGAUGUUCAUAAGGCUAUAAGGCGCAUGACACCCGCCCCCCUUAGACCCCGGGUCCCUAAGGGCAAGAUUGUGGAAGAACCUCCUACGCUUCCACCGCAAAAGACUGGCAAUUUGAUCGAUGUAGAUGGCGACGUCCAAGCUCCCAAGGAUCCUGCGAAUCUUCGUCGUCGAAGCUCGGUGGAACGGCCACUGCCGCGUUUCCAACUCCGGAUGCCGCAGUCCGACCGGAAUUCAGAUUCGACCGAUGGUUUAGUGACCAAAAGGGGAACCACAGACGAAAUUCGCGAGCAUUUGAAACAUUUAGGCCCUUCCAACUUGGCCAGCCGACCCCGUCAGACUCGGUAUCAGAACGUGAAGAUCAAGCGGGCCAGCGCCUCACCCACUCGGUCUGGGCAAACCGAUAUAGAGUCCGGCCAGAGUACGUCCGGUUCUCAAGCCUUGCGUACCAAGUCAGGCGCUUUACCUGGUGGUAUUAGCGAGGGGCUAGUUCAGCCAGGCCUGGAUGCGAGAGAUGGCGUAUAUGCAGUUCGCGUAGGGUACGGCACCAUCUCCGGUGCUAAACCCGCCGACGCCGGGACUCAGACAGCUGGGAAGGACGUCUCGAUCCCAGAAUCGGUCGAGGAACAAGACGAACCUCGCCGUCCUCCUGGAAGCGCCGCUAUCAGUGUGAACUCAGAAAGCUCCCACUCACAGAAGUUCAGGCCAACCAGCUACCAGCACCAAGGCCCUGCUCGUAGUGGCAGUAUCACCGAACAAGUGGUUGAUGUGAAUGGAAUUCGAAAAGUGGUUCUCCACACAACCAGCACUAGUUCCUCUGAGAAUGAGGGAUGCGACUCACCGAAAACCAAAUUCCCAGUCCGAAAAGACGGGCAGGUAGUCGACCUAAAUGGUCACACGUCCGAAGGCGCUCCCGCUGAUGGGACUAAGAAACGCCGUCGUCGACGCAGGCGUGGGAACGCGUCGAAGCCGUCAGACAACCAUGUAGAUGAGGAAUCGCCUCUACUGCCACAAUGACAUUGACUUUUGGGCAUCUUCUGCUGGGCAGAGCUGCUUUGAGAUGUCUUGUUAUAUUUGAAAAGAAGCGUUGACUAGUGCACAUUGAGACACAUUGAGCUGCCUGUUACUCUUAUGUAUGCCGGAGGAAACUA